AUGACCGGGUCAGAGAAAGAGGCCAUGGAGCGCGAGCGUCGAGUGUUACAUAGGGCGAAGACCAUCGCGUUGCUAAAUCGCGAUAGCACGUUGAAUCGUAUGAAGGCCAUAGCUGACAUGGCGUCCCGAGUGAGGGAUGCGCCCGAGUUGAAGCCCAAAUUAUUAACUGCAGCCGGUGACCUAGACUCCCUAUGGGAUACAUUUCUUCGACAUAAUGAUGCGGUUUUGAAUGCGUUACUAGAUUUGGACUUAGCCUCAGAAUAUUCUGUUACUCUGGAAGCGGAGGUUCGUACUCUGUACUUUGACGCACGUGCUAUAGUGGAAGAAUUUGCUCCCCUACCCACAAGCAGGGCCUUAUCACAGGGUUCCAGUCGCUCAUCGGGCUCACGCCAUUCUAAUCAUUCCGGUCGCCCUUCAAGGCGCUCUCGGCUCCCAGAAAUCCCAUUGCCGUCCUUCAGUGGCGAGUUGAGUGGCUGGCCGGCGUUCCGCGACCGCUUUACGGACCUAGUCGUGCUGGAUGACGAGUUAACGGACAGCGACCGCUUCUAUUAUUUACUCGGUUGCCUCCGUGGUGACGCGUUAAGUGCCAUUAGUUCCAUCUCGGUGUCCAAUGGAACAUACGACCUCGCUUGGGCCACGCUAGUCGAGCAGUUUGAUAAACCUAGGCAGUUGGCCUCUUUGAUCAUCGACAAGUUAAUGUCAGCUCCGAUACAGUCCCAGGAGUCUCUGAGCGGAUUGAAAGAUUUCCUUGGGCUAUUCUCCGACCAGGUGGCGAUGUUACACACGCUGCACGUUCCAAACCUUGGUGAAUUUAUAUUGUUUUCUCUGGCUUCGCGCUGCUUGCCAUACUCCACUAGGAAGGGUUUCGAAGCAGCGAAUAAACAUGAUUUUCCAUCUAUUUUGGAUAUGGUUAGCUACAUCAAAGACCGUGUGAGCCUGUUAGAGGCCGUGAGCUUUACGCAAAGCUCGAGUAACCCUCCAACAACUCAGGGCCGGACGAAGUCCGCGCCAUCAAACCAUGUUGGCCGGAAGCCAAAGGUCGUGAUGCUCGCCUCAAAAUCGAUGGGUACUGCCCCGUCAAAAUGUUUGUUCUGCUCGGGGGAACACGUCACCACGUCGUGCAACGCGUUUACCAAAAUGUCAGUGAAUGACCGCGUUUCGGCUGCACGUGAUAAACGACUGUGCUUCCGGUGUCUCGUCUCCACCCAUUGGUCGACAAAAUGCAGAGUAACCAAGCCAUGUGCCCGUUGCCACGGUCGCCACCAUACCCUACUUCAUAAGGACAACGAUACGGAGGCACAACCUAUCGCCUCGACAAGUGCCUGCUACGUCAGCUCGUCGAAACAUCCUACCGCAUUGUUGGGGACCGCUGUGGUUCACGUGCGUGAUCGGUAUGGAUGCAUGCAACCGGUGCGUGCCUUAAUCGAUUCCGGAUCGCAGAUAAGCAUCAUGUCAGUUCCGUGUGUCGAACGGUUGGGGUUGAAGUGUAAUAAGUGGACUGUUCCGUUGACGGGCGUGUCCGGUGCAGCAGUUCUGCAGGUAAAAGGUCGAGUUGAAUGCCUGCUUACGCCCAGGUAUAAUGACGAGCAUUCCAUCAAGUUAACUGCGUGGGUUCUACCCAAAAUAACCAGUGACCUGCCAUCACAACAGUUGCCGCCGCAGUUGGUGAACAAGUUUUCCCACUUGGCGUUGGCUGACCCGCAGUUUGAUUGCACUGCUCCAGUUGAGUUAUUGUUAGGAGCUGACGUAUAUUCCCGAGUUAUGGAUGGGAAACGCGUUUUAUUGGAUCCCUCGUUACCUGCGGCCUACGGAUCGAUCUUCGGGUGGAUCGUCAUCGGUCCUGUUCCCGAGGUGGAACCUGAUACCUGUCGGUCCCACGUCGCUGUCACCCUAUCGGUGUCCCUUGAGGACAUGGUCCAUCGUUUCUGGCAAGUGGAAGAACCCGAUACAGCUCCGGCCACGUUCCAUGACGAGGGCCAAUGUGAAGCUGUCUACAGCGCCGAGCGGUAUCGUGACAUCACGGGACGAUAUGUAGUUCCUAUGCCGUUCAAGCCUCUUCAUCGCGACGAAUUAUUCCCUGGGUCCCGUCAAAUUGCUAUACGCCGUUUCCAGAACCUGGAACGGAAACUCCAGGCCGACGAAGGGCUGUAUGCCGCGUAUAAAGAGUUCAUGUUAGAUUACGAAUCGUUGGGACACAUGACCGUCGCUGAUGAAGUCGGGACGUACUACAUACCCCACCACCCGGUUUUCAAUGCGGCACGCAAAAUACGAGUGGUAUUUGACGCCUCCGCUAAGGCCAGUUCGCACCUAUCGUUAAACCAGUGUUUGCACACCGGGCCGAAGUUGCAGUUAGAUAUUCUGGACAUCCUGACCCGUUUCCGUCUUCAUAAGUUUGUGUUCACCGCCGACGUUUGCAAAAUGUACCGGCAAAUCCUCAUGCGCCCGGAAUACCGGCGCUUUCAACAUAUAUUUUGGCGAUCGUCACCAGUGGAUGAGUUAAAGGAAUAUCAGCUGAACACUGUCACUUACGGCGUCAAUUGCGCUCCCUUCUUGGCCCUACGUGUGUUAAAAGAUAUCGCCGAGAACGAAUGCAAUGAUUACCCAGAAGUCCGGGAUGGAUUGAAAUAUCAGACCUACGUGGACGACAUUUGUAUGGGGGCAGACACCGAGGAACAACUAUCGAGUGUGCAAUCAGAUUUAAUAGCCGUCCUGGGCCGCUCCGCGCUUGAGCUAAAAAAGUGGUCGAGCAAUUCGCCUCGCGUAUUGUCGGGGGUCGCUGCAACUGACCGAGUUUCCGAGGUGAUCAACUUCGAUGACAAAGGAGGAGGUAUGGUCAAGGUCUUAGGCCUCCGCUGGGAUCCAGUCAAGGACAUUUUUGGUUUUGAUGUCCACCCAGUGUCCAAGGUUAUCACCAAACGAUCGGUAUUGUCCACCAUUGCCACAAUCUUUGACCCGAUAGGGUUCCUUGCGCCUGUAAUUUUUCAUGCAAAACAUAUCAUGCAGCAAAUCUGGAAAACUGAACAGGGAUGGGACGAUCCUCUACCAGAUGACCUGGUUCGAACUUGGAACCUCUUACUUAAUGACCUCCCAGUACUAUCAAAAAUCGAAAUUCCGCGUUUUGUAUUGACAACUAGUGAGUCCCACGUAGAAUUAUGUGGAUUUUGCGAUGCCUCGGAACGAGGGUAUGCAGCGGUAGCAUACUUGCGAAUAACGUCACUGUCAGGACUGGUCACAGUGCAUCUUCUCGGCUCCAAAACAAAAACGGCGCCCAUGAAGACCAGCACUAUCCCAAGAUUAGAGCUAUGUGCGGCCGUCCUUCUGGCCCGCUGGUUGACUCGACUCCUCACAGUUUUUGGUGACCGACUCCGCGUGGACGGGAUCUUUGCGUGGUCUGACUCCCAGAUAGUGCUCUCAUGGUUGAUCAACCCUCACACUUGUAAAAGUGUUUGUCUCGAACCGAGUGCAUUUAGUCCGUCAGUUAGUACCAUCCUGCCAUUGGGGUUACGUCCGGUCGGCCGAAAAUCCGGCGGAUUGUGCCUCCAGAGGUUUAUUGCCCUCUGA